AAUUAAAUUUCGUUUAUGGUGCCUAAAGCCCGAAACGAAUCGAAGGCCCAGACCAAGAGCAAGACCAGCGUUUUGUUUUUGCAUCGAGUCUUGGGAGGAGAGACUGAAACUCGUGAGCUCGAAGGUAGAGAGAUGGGAGCGUUGGUGGCGGCUAUGUUGGUGGUGCUCGCGGUGGCAGUAGCUUCCGGUGCAUCAACAUCGAAAGAGCAGCUGAGCACAAGGGAAUGCGAGAAUCUUGGCUUCACAGGUCUCGCUUUGUGCUCUGAUUGUAACAGUUUGGCUGAGUAUGUUAAGGAUCAAGAAUUGGUAUCCAACUGUAUGAAAUGUUGCACCGAGGAUUCCGAUGAUUCCACAACAAAGAUCACGUAUUCUGGUGCCAUACUGGAAGUCUGCAUGAGGAAACUGGUUUUCUAUCCGGAAAUUGUUGGCUUUAUUGAAGAAGAGAAGGAUCGGUUCCCUUCGGUCAAAGUUCAAUACAUUUUCAAUUCUCCACCAAAGUUGAUCCUGCUAGAUGAUGCAGGCGAACGUAAGGAAACAAUAAGAAUCGACAAUUGGAAGCGUGAACAUAUCUUGCAGUUCCUGCAAGGGAAGGUAAAGCCUGCUUCUGCAAUCUGAAUACUUGUUAUUAUCUUCUGUCACUGCCUCAAUCUGUAUCUUAACAACCAUGUAUCUUUCGUAUCCUCUUUUUAGAAAUAUUAAACUGUGAUACUGAAAAAUUGAAUAUUCUGUCGUUUUUUCUUUUCGGUGUUCGUGUGGGUCCCACGGGGGACCUGGAAUAAACCUGACAUGAACUGCGCUGAACUUAAUGGGGAAUUCUUGAAUCUCUUAAACAUAGUUUGAUUUAGAGGCAA